AUGUCGGAGAAUAGCUUCAACUCAAAGUAUUUGGACGAUGACGAUGAGGACGAUGUGAUUGCUGCCUCUGAGGGCAAAGUUUCGAGCCAGGUGGCCAAGCGCAUCUGGCAGCCAACCAUCGAUGAUACUACCCCUGGGGUCUGGGAGCCGCCCGAGAAGCCCCUGCCCCACGUGGAGGAGAAUGCUCCGAUGAGUGCCGAGGCCCUGGCGGAGGCUCUACCGGUGAGCGGGACCGCCUCGGACUUUAUACACGAAGUGAUGCGCUCUCUCUACGGCGACAGCAGCAAGGAUCCGGAGAACGGCUCCGCCCAGUACUUCAAGGCGGCCGAGAAUUAUUCGCUGUUUGGCGCCAACUACAUGGGCUUGGAGAAGGACAAGAACAAAAAACCGCCGCCGGGCUUCGACCAAAGCUCCAGUCAGAUUGCGGCUGGAUCGGCCGGAGUAUCCGGCCAAAGCUACUCGGGGCUGUUCUGA